AUGACAACAUCGUCGUCUGAGGAGAAUAAUAUUACCCCCGUCGCCCCGCAAGUCAACGUCGCCUCUACAGCAUCGUUGAAGGGAAUAUUCGGCAAGAAAAGUGCUUCUAAGAAGAAGUUUAAAACGACAAAUCUGAACUCGGACCGACAGAAGGCUGAGACCAAGAAAAAGGAGGAGGAUUGUAAAAGAGAGGCGGCGGCAUUGGCCCGUCGAGCAGCCCAGUUAGAGCAGGAAAGGGAGGAGGCAGCAGCGAGAGGGGAGAUAGAUCUUGAUGGUGCUGAGGGAUGGUAUCGUAGUAUGCAGGUCUUUGAAAAGAAGUGCGCAGAGGCUGGGUUGAGGAUACGUGAAGUCCACAAUGAUGGUAAUUGUAUGUUUCGGUCCUUCGUGGAUCAGCUUGGUUAUGAUGCUGAUGGCCCGAAGGACUACAAGAAUGCUCGUAAAGCGGCAGUGCAGUAUAUUCGGAGAAAUGAGAGUACCUUUGAACCGUUCAUGGAACCAGGUGUCACCACGGCCGUUUAUACUCAGCGUAUGCAAAACGACAAAGUGUGGGGAGGCAACAUCGAGCUGCAGGCCUUGGCCCAGCAUUAUCGAGUCAAUGUAGUAGUGCUGCAGUUAUCACAGCAUGCUUACGAAGCCAGCGAACUGCAAAUGAUCGAGAUGAAAAAUUUCGACGAUUCCGCGCCGUGUGUAGUCCUGAGCUAUCAUGAUGAUACUGAUCAUCUCGGGGUUGCCUUCAUGGGCUUCCAACAGUUUACACUCUCGAUUGAUGCAUUCCGGACUACCGAAGUAGAACUAUUGAAUGAAGUGGCGAAUAUCAUGUCAACUUUUGAGAGAUCAGCAGCGCAGGAGCGGCGUAUGUCUGCUAUCGAAAUAGCAGUGGAUUUUCUAGGCGGUUUAGAGGUCGAGAUGGGAGGCGGCGCGGAAUCUUUUGCGCACAGCGAAGGUUUUGCUAUGGUGGAUGAGUUGCUUGAGGAGGAGGAGAAGGAAAGAGUUUCGGAUGUUAUCUCGAGCGAGGAGACUAUCUUUGAAGAUGCGGAAAUUCUUGGCUGUGCGCAAGACUUCCUACCUGAGAAGCGUGUGGUUGAUCCCGAUGAUGUUCCCCAAGCUAAUGAGGAAGAUUCGAAGUUAGCCGAGGAGACGCCCCCUGAGAUAGAGCUUAAGGAUUCUCCUACGUCAAAACGAGAAGUCGUUGAUAAGUCGAUUCACGAUGACGAAUUGAAAAUCUCCUUCGCUCAACGUACAGCCAAACUGAAGAAGUUGGCCGAUAUGCGGCGGCGUCGACCCUCUGUUGGUGUUCAGGUGGGCUACCUUAUGUUGGCUCGUAGUCUCUAG